AUGCCAUACACAAACGUAGCAUUCAACCCACAGUUCUGGAAAACUCUCGUCCAGAAGACCAAAUUCACUACAGAGGACAUCCCAGACCUGACCGGGAAAGUCGCCAUCGUCACUGGCGCCAACUCUGGCCUCGGAUACGCUACCACCGUCGCCCUCGCGUCCCACGGUGCACAUGUCUUCCUCGCUUGUCGGUCGAAAGAUAAGGCGUUGGAGGCGAUUGAAAGGGCGAAAGUAGAGAUUAGGGGUUCUUCUCGGGCCGCUUCUUUCCCCACCACUACUACUACCACUGCCAGCAAUACCACCACCAGCGCCACUUCUUCUCCAACCGGCAAGGGUCCUACUGAGGCGGCGAUCGCGGCCGCGAAGUACCUCAAGGACAAGGAUGGCAACGCUGUGGAGCCCAAGUUGGAGUUCUUGCAGUUGGAUCUGAACGAUAUGAACAGCUGUUCUCGAGCUGCGAAGGAGUUUCUGGAGAAGGGAUUGGCGUUGCAUAUUCUGAUCAACAAUGGAGGGAUUAUGACCAGUCCGUUUGCGUUGAGUGCUGAUGGGAUUGAACAGCAGUUUGCUGUCAACCACAUGGGACACUUCGUCUUCACGAUGGGCCUCCUCGACAGGAUCAUCGCCUCGCAACCCUCCCGAAUUGUCAUGCUUUCCUCCAUCGGCCACGAACACACUCCAAAACACGGCAUCGACUUUGAAACACUCAACGACCGCUCCGCCUCCAACCCUGCCUCCCGCUACGGCCGCUCCAAACUCGCCAACAUCCUCUUUGGAAAAGCCCUCGCCCGUCGACUGGCCAAGGAGAGGGUUUGGGUGAAUAUGCCACACCCUGGGUUCGUGUACACGGAGCUUGCCAGGAAUAAUAAGGAUAGUAUGGGAGUUGUUGCGGCAGGUGUUUAUGAUUUGGCGGGACGGAUGUGUGCGAGCAAACCUGAGGUGGGCGCUUUGAACCAGUUGUGGUUGGCCACGAGUGAGGAAGUUGUUGAGAGGGAUUUGAGAGGGUUGUAUUUUGUUCCUGUGGGGAAUGAGCUUCGUCCUAACGCGCAUGCGUUGGACGAGGAGUUGCAGGAAAAGUUGUGGGCGUACUCUGAAAACCUUAUGCGCGAGAAGGUCAAGGAAGCUUAA